UACAGAUCUGAUUUGGGAUUCUGAAAUUGCCCUGGUGUGCAGCACAUGUCACACUGUCUUCUGAUUACUGGUUGCAUUUACAACAUGCCACAUUAUAUAUAAGUCACAGUAUUUUGUGUGUCAGGUAUAGAGAUAAAUAUUAUUUUUUAGGAUAAAUUCAGUUAAACUAAUUGAGAGUUAGCUGUAGUAAGCUGCCCUACACACAAACGCUGUGACCCCAGAGGUGAGCUGCUGUUCACCCAAACGCCCUGACUCCACAGGAAGGCUCACAUCCAACCGAAGACCGUGACCCCAGAGCUAAGCUGACAUGUACCCAAACACCCUGAUCGCAGAGUUAAGCUGUCAUCUACUCAGAUGCCCUAAUUCCAAAGGCUCCUUGAUCCCAGUGGUAAGCUGCCGUCUACCGAAACACCCUGAUCACAGAGGCAAACCACUGUCCGCCCAAACACCCUGAUCCCAGAUGUAGGCUGCCAUCCACGCAAACACAUUGUUCCCAGAAGUAAUCUGCCAUUCACCCAACCAUGCUGAUCCCAGAGGUAAACUACCUAUCAUCUAACCGCCUUGUUCUCUGGGGUAAGCUGACAUUUACCCAAAUACCCUGAUCCCAGAGGCAAGCUGCGGUCUACCCAAACACGCAGACCCCUCAGGUAAGCUCACAUCCACCCAAAUGCCCUAACCCCAGAGGUAGGCUGCCUUUGACCCAGCCCCCUGACCCCUGAGGUAACCUCGCUUCCACCUAAACACUCUGAUCUCAGAGGCAAGCUGACAUUUGCCCAAACACCCUGAUCACAGAAAUAAGCUGCCAUCCACCUAAACGACCUACCCCUAGAGGUAAGCUGACAUCCAUCUAACUGCCUUGAUCCUAGGCUGCCCCAGUACGUCUAGGUGGUGACAAUCCAUCCUACAGGGUUGACAUGAUGUGCUUUCCUGAAGCACACAAAGGACACCUCGGGUUUUAUGAAGGUGUAUGACAGUGUUUUAGCCCGACCCUUGUGCAGAGGUCGGAAGUCUGCGGUAGGCUGGGGAUCCCGCAGUGGCUGGUGGCUUGUCCGCCGCCCUGCUGGGCGAACUGGUGUUUUUAUUUUUAGCUGCUUUUAUAGUUUAGCUCUGCUCGGCUCAUCCCGGAUUGGCGGACGGCGGACGUCGGGACCACGGCGGCGGAAGGACUCUGCUCCAGCGGCGACGUCGGUGGACCUUCCCGGAUGGCAACGGCCGGCGGACCAUCGAGGAAGCCCUUCAGCGGGCCGUGGCUGGUAGCAGGCGGGGGCCUGCGGAAUACCGCCCGGUUCUGCUGGAGGGCUGAGGAGGAGGUGGGCACCUUCCCCGACCGGCUGGCCUUCAUCCGGGAGGUGGCCUUUGGAGCGUUGGGCCUUCAGAUGCAGGACAUCCUCUGCGUACAGCGGAAUGGGCCCUUCCGCUUCUUCGAGGUCACCUUGUCCACCGACGAGAGUUACACCAAGGUCCUGGAGCGGAGCAAGGAGGGGGCCCAGCACCCCCUCCUCGGACGUUACAACAUCGAGCCGCUGUGGUGGCCCGACAAGCGGCCUCCCUUCUGCCGGCAGUGCCACAGCUUUGGACACACCCUGGAGGGAUGCGCCAACCUGCGCUGCCGCAACUGCCUGGAGUCGGGGCACAUGGCCAGGGACUGCAAGGGCCCCCGUCGCUGCAUACACUUUAACGGCGAGGACCAUCUGGCUCGUUCCUGCCCACAGAAAAAGACUACAUAUGCCGACGCUCUGUCGGGUAACAGAGCAGUCGGCACGGAGAAUGGUGGGGGAGCUCUAGCCCCCAUGGCUGGGCAGGAACAGCCGGCGACGGGGGCAGGAGGAGAAGCCCUGGUCGAGGUGGAGGAGGCCCCUUCGAGUGCGACACCAAUGCAGGAGGGGUCUCCGAACAAGGUGGAGCAGCUCGCCCUGGCUCCAGGCGUCAGCAGCAGGCAAAAGAAGAGCGGUGCAUCCCCCCGGGGGAGGAAGAAGAGCAGAAGGGAGGCGCAACCCGACGCAUCCAGCCCUCCGGCUGCCACCUCGCCAGCAGUGGCGGCCGGGGACCAAGGCCGACAGUGUCCCCCCUCCCCGAUGUUAGAGGCCCCCCGUCUGGUGUGGAACUUGGGACAGUCCCCUGUACCCCCCCAGGAGUACAGCGGUCAACAGGACACUGCUAAUGAACAGGAGUACCUGGGGGGGCUGGAAUUGGGGGACCUUUUGAGGUUGACUGAGGAGGGGGGGCAGUAG